AUGAAGUCCAUCAGCAGCAACAACCACCACCAGCACGAUAUUCUUUAUAAUACCAAGACAGCACCACCAGCUGCUGCCACUAGAAAUGCAGCAGCAGCAGCAGCACAAGCAACAGCACAAACACUAAAAGCACCAACCACGGGUGCUGCUGCUGCUGCUGCUGCUGCCAAUAGUGAUCAUCGCAAAGGCAUUGCGCUUGAUCUCAAGACUGUCAAAACCACGUCCGAAGAACCCGAACGCACUCGCUCACGUAUCUUUGGACUUCAGGAAGCCCCUACCUACUAUCCCUCAGAAGAAGAGUUCAAAGAACCCAUCAAAUACAUCCAGCAGAUAAGACCAGAGGCUGAAAAAUUUGGCAUCGUCAAGAUUGUUCCGCCAAAGAGCUACAAUCCAGCCUUUAGUUUGAAUACAGAGGCAAGUGGUCUUGAACAUACAUACCGUCUCUCUCUCUCUCUCUCCCCUCAUUUCGCAAUGCUGUUUGCGAUUAGCCUAACUCGCAUUCAGAAGCUCAACAGUAUGGAAGGCGAAACAAGGGCCAAUGUGAAUUAUCUGGAACAGCUCUACAAGUUUCAUCGACUCCAUGGCCAUCCGGUGAACAAAGUGCCUCAGCUGGACAAGCGACCCAUUGACCUCUUUAAACUGAAAAAGGAGGUUGCCCAGCGGGGAGGCUACCACAUUGUUACCCAGCAGAAGAAAUGGGCAGAGAUCGGACGUAUCCUUGGAUACACGCGCAAACAAUGCACGUCCAUGUCCAAUGCACUCAAGUCGGCUUACAACAAGGUGAUCUUGCCCUAUGAGGUGUGGCUUGCCCAGCACAAGCAAGACAGCGGCAAGCAGCCAUCAUCCUCUAGCGUUGGUAUGCGACGACAACCGUCUGAUCAAGAAGAAGCAUCCGCUUCGUCUCCUAGCAAUGGCGGUCAAGCCUGUGAAAUUUGCAACAGUGGCGAGAACGAAGAGGAAAUCCUGCUUUGCGACGGAUGCGACCGUGGCUAUCAUAUGUACUGUCUGACGCCAGCGCUCAACGCCGUUCCGAAAUCAGAUUGGUACUGUUUCAAAUGUCUGACAGCCGCGGGCGGUGACUAUGGCUUUGAAGACGGCGAAGAGUACACGCUCCAGGCUUUCCAAAAGGUGUGUGACAAGUUCAAGAGCGAAUGGUUUGGCUCCAAGGGCCAGCACCCUACCUCCGAAGAAGACUGUGAGGAAGAGUUCUGGCGGCUUGUCGAAAAUCCCCAUGAAACUUGUGAAGUCGAGUACGGCGCAGAUCUUCAUAGCACUCAGCACGGCAGUGGAUUUGCGCCACUGGAAAGACGGCCGGAUGGUCGAUUUGUCAAUGAACCGUGGAACCUGAACAUGAUCCCGAUCCUGCCCCAGUCGCUGUUCACGCACAUCAAGACAGACAUCAGCGGCAUGAUGGUGCCUUGGCUGUACAUCGGCAUGUGCUUUUCGGCGUUUUGCUGGCACAAUGAGGACCACUACACCUAUUCCAUCAACUACAUGCAUUGGGGCGAGACAAAGACAUGGUACGGCGUACCUGGAAGCGACACUGCCCAGUUUGAAGAGACAAUGAAGGCCGCAGUGCCCGAAUUAUUCGAGCAACAGCCAGAUCUGUUGUUCCAACUCGUGACCAUGUUGAGCCCUGAGCGCCUGUUGAAAGAGAACGUCAAUGUUUAUGCAGUGGAUCAGCGUCCUGGCCAGUUUGUGGUCACUUUUCCGAAAGCAUAUCAUUCCGGUUUCAACCAUGGUUUUAAUUUCUGUGAGGCCGUCAACUUUGCCCCAAUGGAAUGGGUCGACUCCGGUCUGGAAUGUGCGAAACGCUAUCAGCAGUACCGCCGCCAACCAUGCUUCUCGCACGACGAAUUGUUGGUGACAGCCAUGCGUGAAGACCACUCUAUCGAAACUGCUAGCUGGCUCAAGGACGCGCUCGUAGACAUGCAGCAGCGAGAAAUGGCAUUGCGUAAUAAAUUAUUGAAAAAGUAUCCCAAGAUCCACACCAUCAUAGAAGACGUCGAAUUACCCGAAGACCAGCAGCAGUGCGUCUUUUGUAACGCGUAUGCGUACCUGUCGCAUAUUACUUGUGAAUGCACGAACAAAGUCUCAUGUCUUGAGCAUCUUACUGAUCUGUGCACGUGCGACCCGUCAAAGAAAACACUCUGCCUUCGCUUCUCGGAAGAUCAGCUGAACGAGAUGGUCCAAACAACUGCCAGUCGUGCAUGUGUUCCCUCCGCUUGGAGUGACAAAGUGCGGGAAACGUUGAGCACCCAAUCUGCACCCACAUUGAAAACCCUUCGACAAUUCGUGACCGAAGCCGAAAAAUUAUCUGUCCCGAACGAGGAAGCACGCUGGCUUCGCGAGUUUUUGACUCAGGUCACCCAUUGGUUGGAAGAGGCUAGCAAGUACAUUAUCCGUAAGCACCAGCAUCGACGCCGUGACAGCAGAGACCACAACAACAACAACAACAACAACACAAAACUCUACACCGGCGAAAAGUACAACCGUAUCAAGCAUCUUCUCGAACAAGUGUCAAAAAUGUCAUUUGACGCACCCGAGAUCGGCAUGCUUGAAGAUACGCUCAAGACCCUGACGGAUGCAAAGAAUACGGCAACGCAUGUACUCAACGACCCUUCUGCAUCGCUGAAAGAUUUCAAGGAGGCGUAUGAGUUUGGACACAAUCUUGGUGCUGAUUUCCCUGAGAUGCAGCAGCUAGAGUUGAACGUGAAACGGCGUGAAUGGAACGAACGUGCGCCUGCAGCGGUCAACAAUCCUGCGACAGAGUAUACUGAGUUAACAGAGCUGAUCGAACAAGCGAAGCAAUGUCAUGUGGCCGAGAACGAUCCCACGUAUCUCGCUUUGGUUGCCAAGGAAAAGCGCGGCAUGGAAUGGAUCCAGCAAGCCGAACCUUUGUUGAAAGCGUCCAAGACAACCAUCACCAUGGAAAGCAUUCAAGAUGUAAUGCAUGCUGCGCAUCAAAACGACGUUCCCCGCGUACCGCAUCUGUACAGCGCAGUACACGACCUUGCCACGCGAGCAACCGAUACUGUCAAAGAUGUCAAUCGGCUUUUGGAACGCGCCCGCACAGCACUGACACUAAGCGAACGACCCUCAGCAACGGAACUGCACCGUCUAUUGAAAUCAAUCCGCACGCUCCCUAUUCGUGUUGACGGUGCUGAAACAUUACAGGCUGAAGCCGCCAAGAUCGAUGCGUGGCUGGUGCAGGUCAAGAAAUCGUUCAACAUGACGUCGCGCACGCAACAAAAGAACUCCUUGGAGCCCCUGUUGGACGAUAUUCUAGAAAACGUCGAAACGAUCACUGACAACAAGGAAAAUGACGUGUACUGCCUAUGCCGCACGCCCGAAUCAGGUCUGAUGAUUGAAUGUGACUUGUGUCAUGAAUGGUACCAUGGUCCGUGCGUCAAAGUGUCACGUCGUGAAGCCAAGGCACAAACUUCAUAUGUGUGUCCCGUUUGCGACGGCAGCCAGACAAUUCCCCAUGCAUCCAAGGAACGUGCUCGAUUAGAAGAUGUGUUGCAAUUGCUUGAAGAAGCUGGGAAACUGUUGUUUGUGCCCAAGGCACAUGCCAUCUUGGCCGAUAUUGCCAGUCGCAUGCAGGCUUUCCGAAGCAAGGUUCAGGCAUUCUGUCGAUCCAAGACGCACCUAGGUAUAGAAGAUAUUGACAUGAUCAAGAAGCAUCUGCGUGAACUCGAAGGUCUUGAGAUUGUGUUGCAGGAUGAAACCGAGUUUUUGCGGCGCAAGGUACAAUCAUUAUCGCCCGUGUCACCUCAGUCGUCGUCGAUAUCGUCUUCUUCAUCAUCACCCGUGGUACAGCGUGUGCCAUCCUUGACAGCUGCAAGCUGGACAAAUGGCUCAACAACAACAACAACGACGACGACGACAUCUAUGGAAAUUGACACCCAGGAUCACGAUCGCACAGUACCGUCGGCGACCUCAUCACCAACAGCAGCAACAACAGUUGCAUCGCCGUCAUUAGCACGACCCUCACCUCAACCCGAUGCCGUGUAUUGCAUCUGUCGACAGCCAGCUACGAACUCUCAAAUGAUUGCUUGUGACACCUGUCAUGAUUGGUUCCAUCUCGGCUGUGUCAACUUGACAAGCUCUAUGCUACCCAACAUUGAUCGUUACGCAUGUCCAAACUGCAUUGCCAACAAACGAUCCAGUAAUGGCAGCAGCAACGGCAGUAGGCCUAUUAUUAAACUGACCGUCAAACCACCAGCGCCCCCAUCGCCAACCAAACAAAAGCGCAAGUUGACAGCUAUCACGAGUGGUAAUGCUGCAGCACCUUGUGAGAAUGGACGAUCACCAAAGCAACAAAAGCGAAGGUCUGUUAGCGUUGAUUUGCUGCCUCAACAGCAACAACAACAGCAGCAGCAACAACAACAAUUGCAACCACAGCCUCAGCCAUCACCAUCACCACAACCGCAGCAUCGUAAUCAUAACCAUCAUCCACACCAUCCCCAUCACCAUAGUCGCAAUCAUUACAACAACCUAUAUCAAUCGUCACCAGCACCAGCAUCGGCUGUACCGACCCCUAUAGCAGCUGCUGUUACACAAUCCUCAGUACCACAACCAUCCUCAACAGAGCAACAACAACAACAACAUGCUGCAUGGCUUGCUUCAAGCAUACCAUCAGCCUCUACGCUGGCCGAACAAUAA